CCCAUCCUGACGUCAGCUGGAUGUGUGAUUUUUCCUCCCCAUCCCAGCCUCAACCCGAGCAUUCACAUAUCAACUCUACAGCAGCAACUUGAGGCUCAGGUGUAUACCUGGACACCACACACACACAUAUACAUGAACAUCAAAAAUAUGCUACCUGAGACUCUCCUCCAGCAGUGAUGUCUGCUUUCAGCCCUCCUGCCCCUCUCCUCUGUGUGCUGCUGUGUGUGUCUGUGGCUCUGCAGCGCUCUGACCUGCGCCUGGCUUAUGUGACCCACAACAGCUUUUUCUACUACUCCUGCAGCCAGGACCCACAGCCCUGCAGCGUCUCAUCACUUGCAGACUGCAAAUGCAAGGACAUCCUGCUUUCCACGCUGCACCGCCCGCAGUCGCACUCCUCUCCUGUUUUCCGGAUGAGACGUUUAACUGUUUGGUUCACGUCGGCAUUAAACACAGCACGUCUGCUCAACAACUCAGAGGUGAGGCACCUCACUCUGAUCCACUGUGGCCCUGGAGGAUCCAAAGAGACACCUUCUUCUUCCCUGGAGGGACAUUUUGCUGUGCAGCACCUGGAGAGGCUGACAGUGGUGAACCUGCCGCAGAGGCCGGUUCAUCACUGUCCAGAUGCAAACAAAGCCAAGAACACAGACACUGACCCAGGUGCCUACCUUGAGACCAAUAGAUACAACAGGGAUAGAGACACAAACCUAGACCUGAUUGCAGACAUGAAGAGAGAAACCUUGGCUUUGUCCUCACCCCAGAUCCAAGACCUAUUCCUGGGCAGGGAGCUGGGAGCAGCGUAUCAUGAACAGGCCAGACUGGGAAUAAUCCACAGUUCCGUGUUGGAGUGGGGAGCAGUGGUCAAAGCCUAUACGGUUCAGACCCACAUAGACAAUGACGGUGUGCUGCCCUUCCCUGACCUUCACCUGCCAAAAUUACCAGAGACAUCUGUUAUAUAUGUCAGCUUUGUCUACUGAUACCAAGUUACCUUUUGAGGAGGAAACAGGAGGGAGAUUAUUCAGUGUUCAACACCUGCAAACAAUCACUUUCUUGCUCCCCAGGGCAUCUUUUGCUGCAGACCUACACCUCUGAUUAACAUCUGUCUAUGUUAUGAGAAAUAGUCAUUAGUUUACAGAUUAUAUUGCAUUUAGGGAGGGUGAACAGAAAGAAACAAUGACACAAUGACGCAAAAAACUGCAGUAAUUUUCUCAGUUUUUUUUAAAAAACAAGAAGGAAAUUGAGUCGGUUUGGGAGAUUUUCAAUUUGUUUAUUUGACAUGACUCCAAAGUAAAAGCACAUCUUGGCACAAAUCUGUAAAAACAUGCACAACAAAAUUAAACCUGCUUUAAUCAUAUUUUCCCAAGUGGCCUAAAACUCGGCACAGCUGUUUAUCAGCAUGUUAAAAGAAAGUAUAUGAACUAAUGAGAGACCCUCUGAGGGACCAGAUAGCCUGCCAACUCCCUCUGGCAGAAGUUGUUUGUUUUAAAUUGAUCUUGUUCAAUUGUUUUCCCCCCUUUUUCAUAAUGCCACAUGUGUCAGAAGUAGUGAAAAGAUGCAGUGUCCUAUAUAUUUGAGUUAUUUAGGAACUAAUAAUUCAAGAAUUUGAUCUAAGGUUAGUUUGAGAGUAGAAAAUGUGUUGUGCAACAUUUGGGAAUAAUGUCAUGCUUCCAAAAUUGAACCACAAGAUGGCAGCAGAUACAUUUGAGUCAAAGAAGAGCGGAGAAGGUGUCCAGGCAGGACUCACUGAGCUGAGUGACAGUAUGAGGGAAAGGGGUUUUUGUUAAGUUAUCAACAAAUCUUAUCUAUAAUCUAAUAAACCAACCAUAUUUAACACAUGUGUCAUGACGCACCUCAGCACUUUAAAAGCUUGUGAGGAAUAUUGUGUUAGAGGUUCAAGAGUCAAAAAAGUAUGGCCUCAUAUUUAUUUGUUUAAAAAGAAUAAAAACGAACAAUGUCAUCACUUGCAUUGGUUUACAACAGAAAUAAAUGUUUUACUCAUCA